GGAACAUAAACACCGAGUUGUGUGACGUUCCUUCCUGACCCAGACCCUCGUGUUUUAACCCUUGUUCCACUCCUUCCUGGCGUUCACUUGGCUAUGGAGGCAGCAGGAGCAACCACCGGGAGGAACACGAGAUACAUGAUGGAAGGUGUUGGCGCUAGAGUCAUCAGAGGACCUGAUUGGAAGUGGGGAAAACAGGAUGGCGGUGAAGGGCAUGUGGGAACUGUGAGGAAUUUUGAAUCUCCCGAAGAAGUUGUGGUCGUGUGGGAUAAUGGAACAGCUGCCAACUACCGUUGUGCUGGUGCCUAUGAUCUUCGGGUCUUAGAUUCUGCGCCGACUGGGGUAAAGCAUGAAGGCACCAUGUGUGACACUUGUAGGCAACAACCUAUAUUUGGAAUACGGUGGAAAUGUGCAGAGUGUAGCAAUUACGAUCUCUGUUCAGUUUGUUAUCACAGCGACAAACACAACCCCAGGCACCGCUUCUAUCGCAUCACGACAAUUGGCUGUGAGAGAGUAUUACUUGAGCCUCGUCGUAAGAGUAAGAAAAUCGGCAUUCGAGGCAUCUUCCCCGGUGCCAGAGUGGUGAGAGGAGUAGACUGGCAGUGGGAGGACCAAGAUGGAGGUAAUGGUCGGCGAGGAAAGGUCUCUGAGAUUCAGGAUUGGUCUGCAGCGUCACCAAGAUCAGCUGCUUAUGUCAUAUGGGAUAAUGGUGCCAAAAACUUGUACAGGGUUGGCUUUGAAGGAAUGGCUGACCUUAAAGUGGUAAAUGAUGCCAAGGGGGGCACAGUGUACCGCGACCAUCUUCCUAUGCUUGGUGAGCAAAAUCCUGGCCGCUCGGGUCCCCAUGGGUUGGCCAUUGGAGACCAAGUAAACGUUGACCUGGAGCUGGAGAUCGUACAGUCCCUGCAACACGGUCAUGGUGGGUGGACAGAUGGCAUGUUUGAGUGUCUGGGCACCACUGGCACCGUGGUCGGCAUCGACGAAGAUCACGACAUUGUUGUGGCUUAUCCCUCAGGAAACAGGUGGACGUUCAACCCAGCUGUUCUGACCAAAGUUGGUGGUGGUGUUGUGGAGAGCAAUGAGACCAGUACCAGUCAGCAGUUUAGCGUUGGCGACCUCGUGCAAAUAUGUGCCGACUUGGAACGCAUUAAAAUUCUUCAGCGCGGCCACGGGGAAUGGGCCGAGGCUAUGGUUCCUACUUUAGGGAAGAUUGGGCGAGUACAACAGAUCUACCACGACAACGACCUCAAAGUGGAAGUUUGUGGGACCUCCUGGACCUACAACCCGGCAGCUGUUACUAAAGUUGCCUCCGAUGGUGCUAUUCCAAGUGGUGCAAGUGGAGAGAGAUUGAGUGCCCUGUUGAAGAAGAUAUUUGAAGCUCACGUCUCAGGGGAUCUGAAUGAGGAACUAGUCAAAGCAGCAGCUACCGGUGAUGCACAAAAGGUUGAUGAAAUUUUGAAGAAAGGAGAAGUAGAUGUGAAUGGGGUUUUUGCGGGUCACACUGCACUACAGGCAGCCAGCCAGAACGGGCACUUGGAAGUCAUACAUAUUUUACUCCGGCACAGCGCUCACGUUGAAAAAGAGGAUAAAGACGGAGACCGUGCCAUCCAUCAUGCAGCUUACGGUGAUGAGCCGGGUGUUGUCCAGAUCCUGGCUAGUGCUGGGGCAGACUUGAAUGCUCGCAGUAAACGGCGGCAGACUCCUCUCCACGUUGCGGUCAACAAGGGUCACGUUGGUGUUGUUAAGACACUUCUUGAACUUGGCGGUCACCCCAGUCUCCAGGACCACGAGGGUGACACACCACUUCAUGAUGCUGUCUCAAAGAAGCGAGACGAUAUUUUAACUCUCUUACUGGAUCAUGCAGCUGACAUCACCCUGACCAACAACAAUGGUUUCAACUCCCUUCAUCAUGCAGCUCUUCGCGGCAAUCCAAGGACUUUCGUGGGGGUGGCAGCAGCACCGCCUUCUGCCUUCCUCGACACCCCCCUACCGCCUUCCUCCCACCCCUGCCUGCCGCCCUCUGUCAGUGCCCUUGCACCCAGCGCCCUGUCAGCCACGCCCUGCACCAGCGCCCCUGUCAGCCACCCUGCACCCAGCGCCCCUGUCACGCCUGCACCCAGCGCCUCUGUCAGCCACGCCCUGCACCCAGCGCCCUGUCAGCCGCCCCCUGCACCCAGGGCCCUGUCAGCCACGCCCUGCACCCAGCGCCCCUGUCAGCCACCCCUGCACCCAGCGCCCCUGUCAGCCGCCCUGCACCCAGCGCCCCUGUCAGCCACGCCCUGCACCCAGCGCCCUGUCAGCCACGCCACCCAGCGCCCCUGUCAGCCGCCCUGCACCCAGCGCCCCUGUCAGCCACGCCCUGCACCCAGCGCCCUGUCAGCCACGCCCUGCACCCAGCGCCCUGUCAGCCACGCCUGCACCCAGCGCCUCAGCCACGCCCUGCACCCAGCGCCCCUGUCAGCCGCCCUGCCCAGCCUGUCAGCCACCCUGCACCCUGCCACCUUCAAUAACGAUCUCUAUCAUCGACCUCAUUAUCCCACGAUUGUUGCAAACUUCGAUUUUGAGUCAACAGAGAGCAUCUUACAAUCAACAGAGCAUCUUACAAUCAACAGAGUCAACAGAGAGCAUCUUACAAUCAACAGAGUCAACAGAGAGCAUCUUACAAUCAACAGAGUCAACAGAGAGCAUCUUACAAUCAACAGAGAGUUUCUUACAAUCAACAGAGUCAACAGAGAGCAUUUUAUAACCAACAGAGUGGAUCUUGAGGCAACAGAGAGCAUUUAA